UGAAGGGGAAGCUAGGAAAGAGAUCUGGUCGUCUGCUAAUUACAGUAAGUCCCCUACAUAUGAACCUUCAAGUUGUGAACUUUCAAAUAUUCGAAGGCUGGACUGCCAACAUGGAGCGCAUCAUGAAAGCCCUGGCACUUCGGGACAACUCGACCAUGGGCUACAUGAUGGCCAAAAAGCAUCUGGAGAUCAAUCCUGGCUACCCCAUUGUGGAGACCCUGCGGCAGAAGGCAGAAGCAGACAAGAAUGACAAGGCCGUCAAGGACCUGGUGGUGCUGCUGUUCGAAACUACACUGCUCUCUUCCGUAGAAGAGAAUUUGUAUCUUUUCAAAUUCUAUUGCUUGAGUGUGCCACAGUUUAUUUAUCCAUUAACCCACUGAAGGAUGUCUUGGUAGCUUCUAAG